AACCCCUCCCCUCGGGCCUUGCCUUGGCCUGGAGUGGUUGGAGGGAGACCCCGUGGAGCACACUCACCUCUCGACACAGUCAGCUGUUGCAAGCUACGCCGACAUCGCUGCUAUCUGCUAGCACUCAGUGAGCAGUCAUGAGCUGUCUUGAGGCGAAGGCCAAGCUGGCCGAGCAGGCUGAGCGGUAUGAUGACAUGGCUGCUAUAAUGAAGGAGGUUACAGUGGACAGUGAAGAGGAGAUAAGUGAUGACGCCCGCAAUCUGCUGUCAGUGGCCUACAAGAAUGUGGUGGGUGCCCGACGCUCCUCCUGGCGUGUGGUGGCCAGCAUCCAGCAGAAACCUGACAACGAAAAGAAGACUGCCAUUGUUAAUAAAUACAAGGAAAAGAUUGAGAACGAGCUGAAAGAUAUCUGCAAGGACGUGUUGGAUCUCUUGGACAAUCAUCUCAUUAAAAAGGCCUCUAAAUCAAUAAGUAAAGUCUUUUAUUUGAAAAUGAAAGGCGAUUACUAUCGUUAUUUGGCUGAGGUGGCUACAGAGGAAGAGAGGAAUGACAUCAUUAAAAACUCAAUGGCGGCCUACACUGAGGCCUUUGACAUCAGCAAGCGCGAUAUGAAGCCCACACACCCAAUCCGCCUUGGUCUUGCGCUCAAUUUCUCUGUUUUCUACUAUGAAAUCAACCAGUCACCUAAGGAUGCCUGUGAGCUGGCCAAACAAGCUUUUGAUGAUGCUAUUGGCGAGCUGGACCAACUGAGUGAAGAAUCGUACAAAGACAGUACGCUUAUCAUGCAGCUAUUGAGAGACAACUUGACACUGUGGAACUCCGAUAGCCAGACUGAUGCAGAUGAAGAAGAAGCAAAACAGUGAGCCAGAUGGUGGCAUAGGCGACCCCCUGUCUGCCUACUAUCAUCCUGGCUCAUUUGUAUCAUGAUCAUCAACACUGAGCAGACCUCACUAUCAUGGUCCAACCCGUAUCAUCUUUUUUCUAUUUAGGAGUCUCAACACUCAUCUCUAUUCUGUUUACGUUUUCCUUUUUUGUAGUAACUGUGAGAAAGGGGAACUGGGAGUAAGGUUAUAGUUUAAAUUGUUUGGUGGGUGGGUCCACAUGAAAAGUUCAAAUGUAUGGGUUGUUUGCCUGUCUGCUGACCUUUGUGUGGGGGAGCAAUAGAUCUAUUGUAUUAUUGAGGUGGUGGGAGAGUGGGAAAGUUUUCCAACUCAUGAAGCAUGCAGGUUGAGUUUUUAGACACAAAAAAAGGUUAUACUGUAUGUAUUCUAUUCAUAAUAAUGGUCUUUUUCUUCACAAAGUCACGUGUUGGCUUGCCACAUCUGAGCAGCCAACGGCAAUUAAUGUGUACUUGGUAUCAUGAAUGACCUAAGAGUUGAGGGCAGUGGAGGAAAUGAUGGGGAUCGGUUGAGAGAAGGCAGGGUUUUUUGGAACACAAAGGUGACAUUCCAUUUGUCAGUUGCUUAACUUUAUACUCCUAUUAUUUUGUUCUGUUUUUGGGUGACCUGCUUUUGUAUUUCUGUUUUCACUUGUGAGGUAUAAAAAAUUUUAAAGAACAAAAGAACACACAAGCUUGUUGUUGCUGUUUUGUAGAAGACGGCAGUAAGAAAAAUGUUUAUCUAGUUUAUGACUUUUCAAUUUUCCUUGUUUUUGUUCAAUACUUGCCUAAACUGCAUGUUGAUAAGUAGUUUCUGGAGAUGCAAGAACGUUUUUUUGUUUUUGGAAUUUCCGUACAGAAAUUUUAUUGGGAGAAAUGUCUAACUUCAUGUAAGUGAAAUAAAAAAAAGUAUCAAUUUCUGUU